AUGGCGUUCUCUGCGAACCUCCAACAGACCGUCAUAGAUGGUCACCGUGUUCUACAUGCCCCUCUGCAAACCAUUUCUUACAGCCUCUUAGCAAGAGGGGAUCCCCGUGAGAUUGAGAAGCUUGUCCGUAACAGCAAGUCCCCAGGCUUCUUCUAUCUUGACCUGCGAGCCGACCAAAGGUAUCUCGACACCCUCCCCGUUCUCUACCAGCUGGCAGAGGAGUAUUUUGCGCAACCGGAGGAAGUCAAAAUGAUAGAUUUCCGAGGAGAUCAAGAGCGGGGGUAUAAGCCAGGCGAGGCCGAGACGUUCGAAAUUGCCCGGGAUGAAAUUCUCCAGGGGACGCAAAUCGCGCCACAAUGCAUGAGCAAACAGUGGCCCCUCGUCGAAGAUUUUCUGGCGUCCUCCCAUGAAACAGUCUUCACGGUUUUGUCCGCGCUGUCUCGUGCCCUUGACUCGGACCGAUUGGAGGAUAGCCACCGUGAGGGCCAGCCGAGCGACUCCGGGCUCAAGCUAGAGUCUGUCCCCUUCGAGGAGAAGCUCGAAGACGUCCCUCCAUCCGAGCACACUGAUGGCGGCACUCUGACUCUACUUUUCUGCCCGCACUACACGACCGAAAUACAAAUGCCCGGGUCGACGGAGUGGGGGUUUAUCGAACCGAAGACGGGCCAUGCCAUUGUGAACGUAGCCAACUCCCUGCAGCGGUUAUCCAAGGGAGAGUUGCACUCGCGUGUGCACCGUGUUGGUCAGCCGGUUCCUGGGGCUGGGAAGCGGUUUUGUCUGUUGUAUUACUUGCGGCCUGAGUCGGCCCUCAACCUGUUCAGUUGA